UGUAGUCACAGCUACUUCGGAAGCUGAGGCAGAAGAAUCGCUUGAACCCAGGAGGCAGAGGUUGCAGUGAGCCAAGAUUGUGCCACUGCACUCCAGAAGUGAGAGAUUGGAUUGUAAAUGUUGCUUUUGUCCUAAAGGUAGUGACAGCUCACACUUACUGACUGCAUUGUGCCAGACAUGGUUCUGAAUUUCAAGUUAAUCUUUAUAACCUAUGUGGGUGGGUACCAAUUUUAUUAUCCCCUUCUCUAUAGAUGAGAAAACAGGCACAGAAUAAGUCAGCAUAUGCAACCAGCGUCCAAAGUCCUGGUAGUCAAGGGAGGAGAGUGAUUCAAGAAUGGGGGAAUAAUCAAUGCAGCAAUGAAAAUUGAAGGCCAAGUUUGAUAAGAGCUGAAAAUCCCCAUUCAAUUUGGCAGUUGGAUCACUGGUGAGUUUAAGUGCAAUUUUAAUUGAAAGCUGUGCGCAGGCCUGAUUAAGAUGGUUUUAGGAAAGUAUAUGGGAAAUGAGAAAAGAAUUGAGUCCAUAUGACUCUUGAAAGUUUGUAAAGGGAAGCAGAAGCUUCAUUGUACAGGGCAGUGGAGGUCUAGAGUCAGGUUUGGAUUUUAAUUCUGACAAUGCCACUUGUGUGUGAUGCUGAGGGAACUGUGUUAAACAUCCAAGGAAACCUUUGUUUCGUCAUCCAGAAAACGGGACUAAUACCUACUUUGUAGGGUUGGUGUGAAGAUUAAAUGAGACUAAUUGUGUGUGAAGUCCCUGGAAUAGAGUAGAUACUGUAUAAAAUGAAAUUAAGGUUGUGGAGGGUUUGUUUAAAGGUUGAGAAGAAGCUACAGCCUAAAGAGGCUGACAGUAAAAAGGGUCUACACUGAGAAGAAUGGGGUGGUCUGUGAUUUCACAGCUCGUGAAACCUGCUGUGACUGGUGCUCACUCCACUCUGCAAGUCAGAGGCAAGAGAAGUCAGCCCCAGAAUUUCUGUUUGGAGGAGCUUAGAAACAAUCUUAGAAAGUGGGUGCUAAGGCAGAUUUCUGUAAGUAUGUCUACCAAGCACACUGCCUCUCUGCCUGGGGUGUGGGAUGUGGGGUGGAUUAGAAGGGAAUUGAUGGAGAUUGUGGGUACGCUCAAGCUCUUAACCAGCCUCCCCUUUCGCAGAUCCUUACCAAGGGCUCUCUGGCAACUCCAGAGCCCUCUAGAUUUUCUUCUCACAUGCAUUCAUAACUGUCUCUUUUUGAGGGUUUUCCUCUGGGCUGGUCUUCGCGCGGGGCCUCGAAGUGCGAGCCUGCUUCCCUUCCCCCAACACUAGAGACAAACCUGGCGGGUCUCGGCUCCGCGCUCCAGAGCCCGCGGGCCACACGCGCCUCCUAACAACCGGACGCCAGGCUCAGCCUAGGGAGAGAGGAGGCCACCAUGGAUCAGUCAGCCAUCGCCAUCGCCUCCACCACAAUAAGAGAAGACCUGGUGCGUUGUACAGCCUCGAAACCAGAUCGAAAGACUUCCUCUUUUGAAAGAGAAGGAUGGUGGAGAACAGCAUUAACAAAUACUCCUAUACCUGGCACUUACCACUUGAAAACUUUCAUUGAAGAAUCCCGAUUAAAUCCAGUGAUAACAACCUACAAUUUUAAAAAUGAAGGAAGGAAAAAGCCACCUCUUGUGCAAAGAAACAAUCCAGUUCUAAAUGAUCUUCCACACUAUAUACCUCCUGACUUCCUGGACCUGUUAAAGAAGCAAAUGGCUACUUACUCAUUCAAAGACAAACCACGGCCAAGCCCCAGCACACUAGUUGACAAAGAUCAGUCACUGCAGCUUUCGCCGGGGCAAUACAAUGUGCUUCCUGCACCAGUUCCCAAAUAUGCUUCCAGGAGCUGUGCAUUUCGUUCAGCAGUUCAAAGAUUCCCAACAACCUAUUUUGUUCCUGUAAGUAUAAUGUAGACAGUUAACUCAUGAUGAAUUUGAUGUUUAAAAUAUGCUGUGCUUUCUGGAAUGGAGCAAGAUGGCCAAAAAGAACCCUCCAGUGAUCAUUCCCCCAGCAGGAACACCAAACUGAACAACUAUCCACAUGAGAAAACACCUCUAUAAGAACCAAAAAGCAGGUGUGGGAUCACAAUAGCACAAUGACCAGGUUUUAACAUUGCAUCAGGGAAAGAGGCACUGAAGAUGGUAAGGUAGAAAAGAGUGUUGAAUUGCUGACACCACCCUCCCCAUCCCCUGGCAGCAGCCAAGUGGCCUAAAGAGAGAAUCUGCUCUUGGGGAAGAGGGAAUGCAGUGAUUGUGGGACUUUGUAUUGGAACACAGUGCUGCCUGUCACAGGGAAAGCAACACAGGGCAGAAUUCAGCUGGCGCCUGUGGCGGCAGCAUUUAGACCAGCCCUAGCCAGACAGGAAUUGCCCAUCCCAGCCGUUAGAUGCUGAGUUCCGGCUCUCCCCACCACUGUGGGCUGAAGUGCUCUGAGGUCCUAAAUAAGCUUCAAAGGCAGUCUAGGCCACAAGGACUGCAAUUCCUGGGCAAGUUCUGGUGCUGUGCUGGGGUCACAGGCAGUAGACUUAGGGUGUCUAAGACCUAGUGAGACACCAGCUGGGGCAGCAAAGGGAGUGCUUGUAGCACCCAUCCUCCAUCCCCAGGCAGCACAGCUUGCAGCUUCAAGAGAGCCUCCUUCCUUUCACUUGAGAAGAGGAGAGGAGAGAGUAAAGAGGACUUGCCUUGCAAUCUGAAUACUGGCUCAACCACAGCAGAAUAGCGCACCUCAGGCAGAGUCCUGAGGCCCCCAUUCUAGGCCCUAGCUCCCAGACAACAUUUCUAGACACACCUCAGGCAGGAAGGGAAUCCACUGCCUUAAAGAGAAAGACCUAGUUCUGGCAGCAUUUAUCACCUACUGACUAAAGAACCCCUGGGCUUUGAAUAAACACCAACAGUGGCCAGACAACACUCACUGCAGGCCUUAGCCAGACAGUGCUCUGCUGCUUCCUGUGUGACCCAGCACAUUCCCAGCUACAGUGGCCACAGGGAAAGACUCCUGCUUGAGGAAAGGAGAGGGAAGAGUAAAGGGGAUUUUGUUUUGCAGCUUGGGUACCAGUUUGGCCACAGUGAAGUAGAGCAUCAAAUAGGCUCCUGGGGUUCCCAAUUCUAGGCCCUGGCUCCUGGAUGGCAUUUAUGGACUCCAGCUGGGCCAGAGGGGAGCCCACUGCUCUGAAGAGAGAGACCCAGCCCUUGCAGCAUUCCCCACAAGCUGGCUGAAGAGC